CUGAAAACAUUAUCUUGUAACUGAGUAUUAUUGGAACAGUGUUAUAAGACACAUCCUAUAACUGUCGGAGUUGAUCGGAAUAUCCCGGAAAGGUGACAGGAAUACCUGUUAGCUCGACCAAGCGUUAAGGCUUGAACUUUUAUGAUAUGCAACGAAAUGAUCGAAAUAUAAUUACAUGUAGUAAGGCACUUUAUUACAGAAAAUAUGGCUUGAAAACCAUGAGGUUAAGAUAAAGGAUCGUUAGCUUAUGAACUUCGUACCUAGCUUAUCUGACUACUCUCUAAUGGUACCGGCGUAGAAGUUACUAAAGAUUUCAUCAUAUGGACAAUGAAGAUCGCCAAUUUUCUUGCCAUAGUUGUCGUGAUAUGUUCUUCUGAAGCCUUUUCUUCACAAUCCAAGAACUCUAUAAACAAAGUCAACAAACAAAAACAAAAUGGAUUGGACAAGUUGCUUGACAAGGUGAUUGGUGAGAUUCCACAAAAGGAUGCAAAGAAAUUUUUUUCACAAAUUUUGGAAAAUGAAAACAAAAUAAUUAUGAAGAGAAAGAAGGAGCAUUUAACAAUAUUACCAGCGAAGGAAGAACAAGGGACGAAGAAGUCGACGGAAGCUCUACCAGAGAGUGACGACGAAAAACCAGCAAUUUCUUUCGCUCUGUCAAAACCCAAUGUGUACUUUGUUGAUUUAGGAGCAGCAAAACCUCCCGUGGAGAAUGUCAAGAAGCAAGAAUACAACACUGCAAAAAGAUUUCAAAUUCCACAGUGGAUACCAAGGCAUCGCCGAAUACGACAUUCAUAUCAUCAGGCAAACAAUAAACCAUCUGAUGCUUUGAUAAAAUACGACAGCGUAAUUUAUAUAAAACCUGAUGACGAUAAAACUAACGAUUUUGGGAACAGCAUGCCUGCAAAGAUCACGAGUUUGCCUGGAAGAGCUGAAAUACUCGAACAGAACACGCAGAGCCAGGAGUAUCGGGUAAAGCGUCAGGAGAGCAGCUCACUUGAUGAGGCAUCAUUACCUAUAUUUGGUUCUGUUGCUGGUCUUCAGACAGUACCGCUGCAAACAUUAAAUACUGUUGUACCAGCACAGAACACUAUUGGUGAUUUGAGUGCAAGGAGUGACGUUAGUGGUAUAGAUGGUAACAGAGUGGUAGCAAUGGUACCAGUGAAGGUUCAAACACCAUUAAUUUCACCACCAUCUGUUGCGGUGGUUUCACAAACUCCUCAAUUAGUACAGCCCGAAAUCUUGGGAACAUCACGGUCUAAUUUACCUGUGACAACGCCAACCCAGACAUCACCCGACACCACAAGCGCCUUUCGCGGUCCCGAUAUUGGAAACUUGCUUGUCAGGUUGAAUGACCAGUCAAACCGGUUUACAGCAAGUGAGAACCAGGUAAGCAAGUUUAAGCUGAUACCUGAAGAAGAAAGAGAAAAAGAUGCUAUCAAAUUCACACAAGUUCCUUUGAGGCUUCUUGAUGAUAAAAUAACACGAUUGAAAAAUACUAAAAUAGUCAAUUCUAAUGCGAGAAUACGCGAAGACGAUGAUGCAAAUGCAAUAAAAUUGGACCAGCUUUCGACAGGAUCGGAGACGAAACACACAGAAAAGGUAAAAAUGGAGUCGGAGAAAAAGGAUGAAAUCGACAAAGAAACGCUCAAAACACUUCAGUCAAGGCUGACAAACAUUAUCUCAAAAUUGGAAGGAAAGAUGAAGAAGAAACAAGGACAGUCGAAGUUAAAACUACAGAAAAAAGAAGAAUCAUUAGGCAAAAUAGCACAAAACAAACCAAGUGAGAAAUCACUGACGCUUUUACAGAAACGGCUCUCUGGUGUUCUUAAAAAGUUCAAUUCUAAGCCCGGAGCUAGUCAGCCAUUCACGAUAGGCAAGGAAUGGCGCAAUGUAAUGAAACAUGAUCACGCCGAUAAAGAGAAAGAUAUGGAGUUGAAGAAAACAAUAAAUACAACUAAAGACGAGGGAAACUGGCCCUCUAUCGCAUCGCAACUUCUAAGAAAGUUAAACAGAGCCUUGGUUAAGAUACAGGAACGCCGCGUCGCUCGUUCACUGGGUAAAGAUGCAGCGAUGUACCUCAGUUUUGAUCAACGAAAUGAUAAAUUGGUGAAAGAUCUUUCAGGCCACUUCAACGAUGCCUCAGUCUUGGGAAGAGCUCACGCCUCGUCCCGAAAAUAUGGCUCAUGUGGGGAAGCCUUGAUUCUGAAUUCUGGUAAUCUGCGUUUCACGAACAAAUACAAGAAACCAACGAAGGCUAUCACUCUGGCAAUGUGGGUGCGCACCAAUGCCACAGGUUAUGUCAAAUGGUUCGCGCGAGAUUCGGAACAAUCACGCGAGUUUAACACGCACACGCAAUACCCACUUGUACACAAAAACGUUUGGACGCACCUUUGUGGUACCUUCAACAGCUCGACCGGCAUCACGCGGAUUUACGUCGACGGGCAACUACAGACUGAGAAAGUCAACAGGCAACAGGAGACGGUACCCGCGGACUUUACACCCGCAGGAAUUGGGCCUGAUUUUGGGGACGACAGUUUGAUAGCAGUUGAUGAGGUAUACAUGUUCGCGCGGGCAUUGGACCCGAAAGAAGUGAGGACGCUAUACGAUAACUGCGAGUUCAACAGAAUGGUUUUACAUUAUGGUUUUCAGAAGAUCAACAGAACAGCAGGCCUGGUGUUUGAUCAGUCGGGUUUGCAAAAUAUUGCUCAACUUCAGGGAGACGCGCGUGUGAUGGACAGCGGUUGUGACAAGUGUGGCUCGUGCCUAGACCUCAACGCUGAGAGCAAUCCUCGGUUAACAAUCAAAGCGGAACAUUUCAAACACAGACCGACAAAAGCCAUCUCUGUAGGAGCAUGGUUUAAUCUCAACUCCACUAUUGGCGCGCAUCCCUUAUUCAGCGUCACAGAAUCUAUCUCAAAUUCGACGCUACUCGAACUCCUUGUGACGGAUGGAAAACUACAAUGGAAAGGGCAUAAUAAAGAUCAUAACGCAAUAUUUAAUAUGGCGACCACGCAAGCCGUAGUUCCAGAAGGCGUCUGGGUUCAUAUUGUUGCAACAUUUGACUCACUUCAGGGUCAAGCGAAGAUAUUCAUCGAUGGACACCAAAAAGCGUUAACAAAGACCGCAAAAAAAGUCCCUAUAGCAGAGGACUGGAGCGAGAUUAAGAUUGGAGGAGACGGAAGUCGUGUCCAGUUUCCGGGAGGAUAUAUGGACGAAUUUGUGUUAUAUAACUGGGAGCUCGAAGCUUCUGAAAUAUCGUACAUCAUGAAAUAUUGUCCAGAUCAUCCUAAGUUGGUGUCGUUCACGGUCCAUGUUCCGUUGGACUAAAUUGGGUUCAUCCAUCGACUCGAUGAAGAAAACCUGUAAAAUUUCACGAUCUGGUAAUCCGGUCAAACCGAUUAGUUCGAAAAUAGGCGAGAUUAGGUAAAUAGUGAAAAAUGAAGGCGUUGCAAAUGACUGCUUCUAAUGUAUUCAGCCAUUCUUCUAAUACUUACCAUAUUUUCAGGCCGGGAGAUAACGAUCAUUGCCGGUUGUUAUUCAGCAAUAUAGACAAAGAAAGUUUCAAUCUCGUAUCUUUAAAAGAGUUGAGUGCUAACCGCGUAAUAAUGAAGAGAUGAAGUAGUUGAACAUUCAAAACAAAGUUCACAUUGUAUCUUUGUUCUUUCAUUAUCCAGUUUGUUUUUAUAUGAUACUAAACAAGCAUAUGUAAAACCAGGCAGAACAUUUUGAUGAUAAACACUUGGAAGAAGUGAAGAACCUGAAUUUCGAUAGAAAAACUAACUCAAAUGCACCAGGCUCAAUUGCUUUACUCGUCUUAAAAUACCACCCAAACUAAAGCCAAAAUAUCAAAACACUUAAGAUAUGGACAAAGUAUUGUCACUGUCAAAGACAAUUAACAGUAUUUACGAGAAUAAGCGAUAAUGAACCUUUUAUGACAGUUGGGGCCAUCUUUAACCACAACUUCAGAUGUAUCCUCAACUGUUAGUUACGAGCUACAAUUUAUGAAUAAAGUAUUGGUGAUGGUACGCAAGGGUAGAUGAAUAUUGCACGAAAAAAUAUUCAAAUCAUUUAAUAUCAUUAAAUAAAAAAAGCAGACGAAAUUUUUUCAUCUAGACAAAAACAACUUGUUUGCCAACGGGGUUCCUUCUUUAGAUUCAUCAUUAUUGUUUUAUAUGCAAAAGCUUCAAAGUUUGACUUCACGAUUAUCAACACG